UUUCGACAUUUGGUUUCAGCGAGUAGAAAGAUCAGUGUCCGCGUGUAUUUUUUCGUCCUCAAUUUUCAAGAGUUUUUCGUAGUAAAACCGAGCAAACACACCGCAAUUUAGUGCACAAUUUGCAGUUAAGCAAUCAUAGAAGGUACCUCAUUGAAAAGACUGAGAAAAAAUUGUCAAAGAUAGUGAAAAAAAGGGGAAGAACAAAAGUGUCCUCUGUGGGUUACUCUUUGGGUUUGUGUGGGGGAAUGUUGCGAAAGCUUCGAAAGAAAGUGCAUUUUCUGGAGCAAAAGUGCUGAAUCAGGAUGUCACUGUUAAUGUUUAUAACGCACGUAGAUGCCGGCUAUGGAGGCAACUUCCUGCGCAUCUUUGGUCAGGUCAAUCAGACCGAAGCGAUGAAUAUUGAAAAGAUUAUUGAAGAAGUUGUGAAGAAUCAUGCCAAAAUCUUUCGCCCAGAAGAAAUUCAGGAGGGCGUCCGGUGUUUGACCAUGUACGAAGAUGGUCAAUAUUACCGGGCUAAGAUUAUCCGUGUAUUGGACAGAGAUCUGGUGGCUGUGUACUUCAUAGACUACGGAAAUACGGCUACAGUUAACAUUCGAAAGCUACUUUCGCUGCACACCAAGUCACAGCACACCACCUAUCUCAUGGGUACACCUCCACAGGCCAAUGAAUACAUCUUGGCACGUAUCUCCGGGCCAUGGAGUCAGGAGCAGAUCGAGAGCAUCAGGGAGGAUCUGUGCAACUAUUCACUCUCGUAUCACGCCGAAGACAAGGUCGAUCGCAUUCCAAUAAUUGGUAUUCUGUACAAAAAUUUCGACUACAGUCAGUAUUUAAUUGAACGGCGUGAGUUUGGUGUGUUUAUUUCGGUGAAAAAUCAAAAAGAAUCAUUUUUGGCGGGAAAACUGGUGACUUCUCCGCCACCAGCAACUGGAAAGGCCAUUCCGGAGAAAAUUGAAAAACUUGCAAAUAUGCGAUACUUGCAGCCGUCGACAUUGGUGAAAAAGAGUCUCGAACCUAAGCCAUCACUCAAUCCUUUUCUCUCUCCACAAAAUUCUGCGGUUAAUUUGAGUGUGAGUGGUCAGCAGGGCAAAUUGCCGGAUAUGCUGUCACCGGGUGUUCAGGGAUCACCUGGGGAGAAAAUUAUGAAGCAUCCGGUAUUGCCGGUACAUUCAUUCUAUGAAGUUACAUGUUCUCACAUUGAAGAUGGGUAUCGGCUGUUUUCGGUGCAGCUGAAGCAAAAGGAUACAGAAUUGAGGAAGUUGAUGAAUGAUUUGGCUCAAACGCCCCUUCAGCAAUUGCAGCAUCAGCCAAAAAUUGGCAUGGUAUGCAUUGCACGGUAUGAGAAGACGAACAAAUUGUAUCGUACAGUGAUAACGGAUAUUGAGCCAAAUGCUUGUGUGGUGAAUUUUGUGGAUUUUGGUCAUAAGGAUACCAUUGCAUGUGGGAAUCUUUUUGAGAUUCCUGCUCAUUUGAUGCGCAGUAAGAUGUUUUCGGUGAAGAGUACACUGUACAAGAGUGAAGAACUGGGGGAUAAAUAUGUGCUCAAGGAAUAUUUUCAGCAAUUAAUUAUGGGAAAGGAUUUGAGUAUGAAAGUUAUGCCAAAUCAGGGACAAUCUUUUGUUCAGUGCUGUGAACUCUACAUCAAUAGCAUCAACAUUAUGGAUGAACUGAAGCAUAUUCAGAUGUUUGGGCUGCAAUAUCAGCCAACAGUAAGGCUUUCGGCUGAUUUUCAGGGUCCAGUGAUUGUGAGAUAUGUCGAUUCACCGAAAAAAUUCUAUGUUCAGUUGAUUGUUAAUAUCCCAGACCAUGACAGUUUAAUGGAUAAAUUAUCCAUAAAUUGCCACAGAAAGGGAAAGCAACUUACAGAUAUUAAGCCUGGAAAUCUCUGUGCUGUCUCAAUUGACAAUGAUGUUGAUUGGUAUCGAGGAAAAGUGGUUGAAUUGAAGCCGAUGGAGAAAAAAGUCUCUGUUCAUCUUGUAGACUAUGGAAAGAUCAUUGAUGUACCUACAACAUCUCUCCGGGAAAUUGGCUAUCAAUUCACCCAAAUGCCACCUCAAGUCUAUGAAUGCUGCAUUAAGGGCUUCGAAAAUAUCCAUGAUAUUACAGAUUCCUCAGCAAAUGCCUUUGAGAUGCUCGUGGAGGAUGCAAAAGGUGAAAGGAAAACCCUCAAGAUGCACAUUGUGGAUUUUCUGACGGAAGAAACACUCCUUGUGAAUCUCUUUGAUGAAUCAGUGAUGCCUCCUGUGAAUAUUUCCAAGAGUCUCUGUCGGUCACAAAUGCCCUACAAAGACUAUGUCAAUAUGUUUGAGAAGAAGACUUCAAAUACUUUUCGCAAAAGGGAAUCUUUUGGAAGGAAUGAAGUUGUUGGAGAAAUACCAAAUGAUCAUCAUCAUCAAACAGGAAAUUUUACAACUUCCAGUGAUAUUGAUACCUAUCAGAAGCCAGAGGAGAAAAAUUCCUGGGAUAAUGGCAAUGUGACUCCUGAAAGGGCUUUCGAGGGGGAAAAUGGAAAACAGGGUGACAGGCGACAGAAGAAUGGUGAGAAGUGGAAUGCCAAUGAUAAGAAGAACAAUAACUACAGCGAGAAACCCAAACGGCAGUUUUCAGAUAAUCCCAAAGGACAUAUUCCAGCACAAUCUGCCAACAAAUCCAAUCAGCGUUUUGCCAAAAACAGCAAGACGAAAGGAUUCGAGCGACGCGAUAAUCAAACGCGUGGUGAUCGAGGUGAUCGUGGGGGCGAUCGCGGCAGUGAUCGCAAUGAUCGUGGAUAUGACAGAGGGAAUGAUCGAGGAUACGAUCGUAAUGAUCGUGGAUUCGAUCGUGGAAAUGAUCGCAAUGAUCGUGGAUUUGAUAGAGCAAACGAUCGGACGGAUCGAGGAGGAGGAGGAGGGGGAGGCGAACGUGAACGUGGUCCUCGAAAGAAUUUCAAAGGCGCCACCAAAGAGGGAGGCGGCGGAAGGCCUUAUCAGGCAAACAAUCACGCUGAAACAACUGAUAAAGACUACAAUGUGAGCACAGCUCAUGAACUUAAGACUGUGGAUAGUAUUUCGCUCUCAAGCACUGAUUUCAGAGCCAUCGAUGUUACUUUCAAUGCUGACAUCGACGUAAUUCUCAUUUAUUGGAUGGAUCCAGAAGAAUUUUAUGUGCAGCUCAAGGCACAUUUCACAGAAUAUGAGGCUAUGAUGAGGGAGAUUCAGGACUUUUAUCCGGGCAAAAGGCCCAUUGGGGGUACUCGCUAUGAAAAUGGAUGGUGUGUUAUUGCACGAAAUAGCCGAGAUGAGAUGCUCUAUCGUGCCAAAGUCUGUGACUACAACAAAAAGUUGAACAAAUACAAGGUUUUGUUUGUUGAUCGGGGAUACAGGGGAGUGGUGACACCGGAUCUCAUGUGGCCAAUGACUGAGAAAUUUAUGAAACUCCCUUCAAUGGCUAUUAAAUGCUCAUUGGCCUACAAUGUUGUCCUAGACUUUGAGCGACAGGAUAUUUUUCCACACAUUGGCAAUUAUGUCAAUGACACAAUGGCUAUCACGUGCAAAUUCCACGAGGUCCAGGAUAAUGUUCACCUGGUGAAGAUGAAUGUGGACAAGGGAGAUCUUCUAGAGGCUCUGGUGAAGGAUGGCCUAGUGAAGAGGCCAAAAGAUGAGCCAACUCCGAUUUUUGGAGAAUCCACCGAAGUGAAUGUUAAAUUGCUGCCAGGGCAGACAAUCCGGGUGAUGGUGACUAAUGUUGAGAAUCUGGGGAAAUUUGAUGUUGUUCUUGAACACUCCAACAUCAAACUAACGGCCACUUUCUAUGACAUCCAUUAUGCCAAAGUUAUUGGGGAGGAUCUAGUGGAGCAGCUGAAAAAGUUCGAUGGAACCUACUGCAAAGUCAAGGUGGUUGGCUUGGGACCAAAUGAUGUCCUUCGACUGAAAAUUCUCUCUAAAGCUUUCCUCGAGGAUCCUCCCCUCAUUUGCCGCCAAGUGAUCUUCCAAUCAGACUUUUCAGUCCUGGUGGCUUUUGUGGAGUCCUUGAAUGUGGUCUAUGUGCAGAAUUCUGAAUUUACUGAAGUCCUAACUCAGUUGAUUAAUGAAAUGUACAGUCACUAUGAAUCUGACCAUACCACUUGCACUGCCGUGACUCCCAGGAAGGUGUAUGCUGUCAAGUCUGUGGUGGAUGAUAAUUGGUAUCGUGGUGAGGUGGUAAGUGUUUCUGGGCAGGAAGUGACUGUCAAGUAUGUGGAUUAUGGGAAUACAGAAGUUGUGAGAUUUGAGUGUUUGAGAAAUCUCACGGGGUAUUUUGGUCAAGCCAGUAGCUAUGCUGUUAAGGUUUUCCUACCGAUGGAAUUGAUGGAGGCGGAGGGGGAGGGGAAGGAGGAAAAGGAGGCGUUGGAGGAGAAAGUUGUGAGUGAAUUUGGCAAAAUGAUUGUCAAUCUUGUGCCCCAGAUGAAGGUUUUGAGGAAGUAUAAGGGCGAAUGGAUAGUUGAUUUGUGUGUCAAUGGAUGUAGCGUAGCGGAGGAAUUGGAGAAGAAAGGUCUGGCCAGGGCAGCAGAUGAGGACAUUGUGUGUAGACUUAUUGAUGGUCAGGAGAAUUCUGAUGAGUUGGAAGGGGAGAAAAAUGGUGUUUUGGUUUAUGUGACUCACAUUGUCAAUCCCCAUGAAUUCUAUGUUCAAUUGGAGGCAGAUACCGAGGCUAUAGAUCAAUUGCAGGAAUCUAUACAGAUUGUGGGUGAAUCUAUGCCACAGUUGAUGGAUGUUAAAGUGGGUGAUUUGUGCCUGGCCAAGUAUUCAAUGGAUGGUAAUUGGUAUAGGGCAAAAAUUCUCGAUUCCACUGAAGAUAUUACAUCAGUUCAAUUUUUGGAUUACGGGAAUAUGGAUGUCAUCACUGAUGGGACACUAAUCAGGGAGAUUUCUGAUGCCUUUGAAAAAUUUAUUCCCUAUGCCAGACGCCUGGCAUUGCCAUUGAUUCCCAAGGAUCAUCAGGAUGAAUGGAGGCAUGAAGCUAUUGAGGCUAUGCAGAAACUCUAUCAAGAUCAACCGGCAAGGUAUACCGUGAUAUCUCAAGCCGAUGAUCUGGCCUAUGUGCAUUUGAUCACAGAAGAGGGUACAAGUGCUGAAGAGAUGCUCCUCAAAAUGUCUCUGGCUGAGCCAUUGAGUAUCAUUGAGCCACAUUCAGUUGGUUUUGUCAGUCAUAUCAAUUCCCUCACGGAUUUUUAUAUGCAACUUGAACGGGAUACAGCAGAUCUUGAAUUUAUUUCCUAUUCACUGAGUGAGUUGGGUGCCAAGGAGGGUUCUGCUGAGGAGAAUGUUGAGGAGGGAAAAAUGUAUGCAGCUCUGUUUGAUGAAGAUAAUUCUUGGUACCGCGCAAAAUUGAUUCAUUCAGCAGCUGCUGGGGAACUUGAGGUGAUUUUUGUGGAUUAUGGCAAUACAGCAAUUACCAAUUCGGUCAAGUAUCUCCCGGACAAGAUUGCAGAAUUGCCAAUUUUGUCCAGGAAAUGCUCAUUGAAGUUGCCAGAAAGUGGAAAGUGGUCAGAAGAAGCUGAGAAAAAAUUUGUUGAAUUGGCUCAAGAGGGAGCAACAUGCUUCAAUAUUGUUCCUCUGGCACCUGGACAGACAACCCUAGUACGUCUAUUGCUGGAUGGAAAGGAUGUCAUGGAGAUUCUGAGCCAGGAGGAAGAGCACCAAGAGAAUGUUCCGGCAGAUUCACCAAAAAUUCCUGAAGAGAAAAUUAUUUUUGCCCAAGUGAGUCAUAUAAAUUCUCCCGGAGAUUUCUACUUGCAUCUCUCCACGCGAAGUGAUAUCCUGGACAAAGUGCUAAAUCACUUGGAGAAUCCACCAAUGGAUCCAGUAACUGAGAGGAGAAUGGAUAAAAUCUGUGCAGCAACCUUUUCAGCUGAUGGUUGUGUCUACAGGGCAAAGAUUGAGGGCACCGAAGAUGAUAAAUUCAAGGUGUUUUUCAUAGAUUACGGCAAUACAACUGUCACGAGUGAUUUGUGGGAAUUAUCACAGGAAUUUCAGGCAAUUGAACCAUUGGCCAUGAGAUGUGCCCUGGAGAAGAAAACUCCUGGAAAUUGGACAAAAGACCAUCUAGAGAAAUUCUUGGAAUUGUCAAAGGGAGGAGAAGAAAAUUUCCAAGUGAUCUUUGUGGAUAGAUCUUCAACACCGGUUCUUGUUAAACUCCUCCUAAAUGGUCAGGAGAUUUCCCUGGAGAGCCCUGAAGAGUCGUGGCAGACUCUUGAAUCCCAAAUAAGUAGUCUGACUGAAGAAAUGGUAAAUGCUUCAAUGGUACGCAGAGAUGCAGAAGCUAUUGCAAGUGAAAUCUGCGAUUUGUCCAUUACACAGUGUGAAGAUGAGCUCAAUGCCAUCAUCCAUCCGGCACAUUCGACUCAAUUGAGUGAUAUUCCAGAAGAUCCAAGUGCGAUUGUCAAUAAAAUUGAAGGAGACAGUGGAACCAGUACUCAAUCUCAUACUUCCGGAGAAGAGAUUUCCUCCAAUGGUAUCCCAGAUAAAUAAGCAAAAAAAUAAAUAAAAUACUAAACUUCCAAAAAAAACUCAUAAAAUUAUCCCAAUCAAGUGAUUCAAUUACGAUAUUUUUUUAAAAAUAAUUAUUUACCACUCGUUAAUAAUGUUUUUUUUCUCUACUUGAAAUACUUUAUUUGUUCCUUUUUUUUGAUAUUUUCAAUUAUGAUUUAUCAUUUAUGUGAAAUCGUUAUUUUGAAGUAAAUAAAAUUAAUAUAUUUGAAAUCUCGAGAAA